CAACAACUACCACAGUCUCUCUUCUCUUCCAUUGUCUACUCGCGAAAAAAGAUCAUCGCCAAAGGUUUCUGGUUCUGUCCCACUGACUUCCACCAGAAUUGGUUGGUAUCCAUCUUUCUUCCUCCCCUCCCCCCGAGCUCUGGCUUUUUGUGUGUGAAUCGUCAACGAGAGCUCUGUUGGAUUGUCACACGGAACGAGUACAUUGCCGAGACCCUUGUUUGAUAUCUCUCUUGCGCUGCGGCACGUUUGUUUCCCGGCCUGCGUGUAGACGAUCGAAUACAAUCAACAGUUCGAACGAUCGUGAUGCGUUCUUCCUUACUGUCACCCACGUGCGGCCUGUGGUUUGGCUCGGCGCUCACCGUCGCUUCUCUGCAUUACCAAUUCGGCACGGCGAAUGCCUGGGAGACCGCGUCGAUCCAGUCUCGGAUGUUGCAGGACGGCGACAAUGACGGACGAGGCCGCAUCGACCUCGUGGAUCUGACUCCCUUUGCCGUCCAGAUUGCCUUAUCCGCAGACAUUCCCGUCAACGUCUUUGAAAUUACCGACUCUUUGACGGAAUGGAUGACUGACGCCUUUCGGGUCAGGCUCGAAGCACUCGGAUACACGCCGGAGGAAAACUUCGCGACCUUCAAUUCCGUCUAUUUGUUGGAACGGAACCGACGACUCGCCGUCCGCCAUUUGCGGGCGUUGCAGUCCGAUGCGGACUCGACGGCCGUCGACGGGACCAACGCGCUCUUCGAGGCCGAGUUCAAGGGCGCAGUCUUCUUUUCACGUGCGGACAACCAAACCUCCGUCCCCGUCUUUGUCGUGGACGGGAUCCAACAACGCGUCUUGGCCGACGACAACGACUUUCUCGAUAUCCUCCGCGCGUCGUCCAACCAAAAUCUCGCCGACAAUGUCGUGGACGUCCGCACGAGCCUCAUCACUACCGAGACUCCCAACGCCGUCGACAGCAACGACAGCAACGAUGCUUUGGAAAUUGUCAUUAUCGUGGCCAUUGUCGUGGCUUGCAUGGCUUUCGCUUUCUUGCUGGUGGCCAUUUACUGGGCCUGGCGGGCCGAUCGCCGCAACCGCGACACCUUUCUCGCCGAGACCGCCAGUGCGGCGGCCAAGAAGAAGAACACCACCGACACGACCGGAUCCGAUCGGUCCUCCGAUGUCCGCGCCGUCCUUUCCCCACCCGUCGCCGACGUUCACGACAAUGCCAGUUUCGCCGUCAGCGAAAUCGAUGAUUCCGUCGUCGACGGCGCCAGCCACCAUAACCGCGGCGGUAGUCUAUCCGUGGGCAGUGCCUACGGCGACAGUUACUUGUACCCGGCGUCGGUGGUUUCGGAAGAUAUAUCCACCUCCCUUUCGCAAUACUAUCGCUCCGGCAUGGCCACUUCCGGGGUACCGGCUAAUUACCGUAACGCACUCAACGACGCCGCCAGCGUGUCGAGCAUGGAAAGUUACGGCUACAGUUUGGACGGCUACGGGAAUGGCGGCGCCGCCGCCGGAGCGACCAGUACGACCGGCAACGGUGGCACCGUCAUGGCGGCACUCGCGGGCACGGGAAAUAUUGGCCGCUCCAAACGGGACCCGGCGACGUAUAUGGAAGACGUGGUGCCGGCUAGUGACGGCAGUGUAGGCGCCCUCGCCACCGGCGGUGCCAGAUCCGUAGCGUCCGCGGCCUCGGCCUUGUCCCGAGCCUCUUCGAGAGCUUCGUCCCGUGCGUCCUCGAGGGCUUCGUCCCGUGCGUCCUCGAGAGCGUCUUCCCGGGCUUCCUCGAGAGCCUCCUCGAGAGCGUCUUCCCGUGCCUCCUCCAAAGUCUCGUCGCCAUCAGUAGUGCCAUCCAACACGUCAGUGAAUCACGACGUCGAUAAUGUAACGGCAGGUAUUUCGCCGGCGCUAGAUGACAACGACGCCAAGAGCACCGUGACAGUGGAAGUGGAUGAUGCUGAGAGUACGGUAGAAAUUGUCUUUUCACAUUCGGAAGACAACGAUGCUGAUAGCGCUGACGAAGCUGACGAUGUUGGGAGUGUAGUGGAGAAUGUUGCCUCGAUGUUGGAUGCUGAUGACCUCAAGAGCACGGUAGAAGUCGACGAUGUUGAGAGCACCGUGGAAGCGACAUUGCCAGCGUUGGAUGCGGUUGUUUUUGUCGCUGAAGGCACCGCGAAAGCUGCAUCGCCGACGUUGGAUAUUGACGAGGUCCAGAGCACAAUGGAAGCUGCAUCGCCGACGGAAAUUAGUGACGAUGCUGUCGAGAGUACGAUAGAAGUUGACGCGCCUAUGGUGACCAGUGACGACGUCAAGAGCACGGACGAGAUCGAUAGCACGAAGGAAGUCGCCUUAGCGACUUCGGAUAUUAGCGACGUCAAGAGCACCGAAGUUGAAGCGCCCUCCAAUGAUACCUAGAGGGCUAUGCAACGACUAUUUUUUAUUAUUUUCCAUAUGCUUUCGUGUUGGCUGUUUCCUUUUCCACUUCUUUCAAAGUGGUACUUCAUCUAUAUCAUAAGUUAAAUGCCAAUCAGUUAUAGUAUCACUCGAUGUUC